UUAUAUUUUUAACAUUUCAUAACACAUAUCUUUUUUAGAUUUUCAAAAAGUUGUGUUGUCCUGGAUGGCAAAGAUAGAUAAGAAGUUGGAUAAGUUAUUGCUACAGCAAUCUACAUCAACAGCAAGCGCUAGUAUAUCAUCUACAGAGUCCAUUUUUGAAAGAUGCUUAACAAAAUCUGAGGUGGAUUUACUUGAAGAAAAAGUCAAGGCUAGCAAUGUUUUCAAGGGUAGAGUGGUGAGUUGCUAUAUAUUACAACACAAUUGUUAUGAAAUAAAAGUUAACAAUCUCUAUUUUAUUGCUAUAUUAUUAUUUGGUAUUAAACAUAUGGGUUCAUUUGCAAAUAACGUCAAGCAACACAACUUAUUAGACCCUUUCCCUCUUUUGUUACAAAUUGUCAAACCCCUUCUCCUUGUCACAUCACUUCAAUUUGUGCGUGUUUUUGUUAAAUAAUUAUUUUUAAAUCAAUGCUUGCAUCAAA